AUGCCGUUCCCCAGCCUGCGACGGCGGACGGUCAAUGAAGCAGUCCAGCUGCCAGAAGAACACAAGUCCCCCUCCCCAUCACCAAGAGCUCGUUCGGCGACCCUCCCUGCUUUGACUCCACGGAAGAGCUUGACAUCUCUCAUCGGCUCGGUCAGAAAGAGAGGCAAUCCAAGCCCGUCGUCAGCUAAGCCUCAGCAUGACAAGUCUCAGCCCGAUGUUCUCGAACAGGAACUAUACGCCGACUACGAUGCCUCGAACCCUGACCACGACCCUUUCAGCGCUGGCCAAAGCCCUUCUACGUCAGACAAGCCCAAGCGGUACUAUCGAACACCAAGCCCUCAUCCUCUUAAGACGUCCGCCGCUUCGUCUCUAUCGAGAUUGUCUAAGCUCAGCCGCGGCACUCCGAGCAGCAGGUGCUCGGACUCCUCUCAAGCUGGAUCACCUCCAAAGACCUUCCUCGAAACACUAGCUGACGCCAUUCGGGCUCCGACUUCACUAUUUUACAAGGAGAAUAAGAUCGAUUCAAAGUCGGAGGAUGCCAACGUUUGUAGCAACAAACCUCCCUCCCCGGGGAAGAGUCUCAGCCCGAAAAAGUCGGUCAGAUUCAAGCCUGGAAAGUCAAUCAUCGAGGAUGAACCCAGAUCUUCACCCAUUGACAUUCCCAGAGCGACACCCUCACUGCCUCCUGUUCAGCUGGCGAGUACACCUCUCCUGCAGUUCUUCGGGGAUGAUCACCCUCAUCUGAUCCCGACCGCCAGGCCUCCUCAGCCGCGGGUAUUGAAUUCCACUAUCAAUUUUCGCCAAGCGAUGGCUGCAGCCCAGACGUCCAUCACCGAGGACAAGCUACAGGAAGUUUCAUCCCUCUGCACCCCCGUCUCAGGACUCCCGUUGCCCCUGCCAGGUGCGACCGCCGCCGUGGAGAACGUUUUUAGAGAUGCAAAUGAUGAGUGCGACUUGGAAAUUAGGAGGGCUAUGCUUCAAGAGUACGAUAACCAGUUUAACAGCAAGGGAACAGGAGCUUAUCAAUCUGCAAACAUUGUCAUCGACAGAGGCUACGUCGCCAACGAUGAGAAAGUUCAAGAUCUGCCUGGAGGUCGUUCCACUCUGGCCACAGCGGCAACCCCUGGCUUGAAUUUGUUGCCGAAACCAGCGAGAAAUGGUGAGAUUCUAAGCGAGCCAAAGCUCUCCAGCGAGAUCAGUCCGUCUGAACUGUUUACUGGAACCGCAGACACGCUAAAAGACGAUGCGUCAGAGCUAAAAUCCGAUGCAUCAGCUGCUGCUCGAGAUGGUACGGACUCGGAUUAUUCCGAUGGAGAGUCAGUUGUCAUUGCCGUUUCAUCCUUGAGGGCAAGUGAAGACGAAGAGAAAUGGACCGAAAAUCCAACUCAUGAGGAUAUUCGUCUCCGUUUUACGCACCGGGAAGGCUAUGAAUCCAAGGAUUCUCGUGAUACGGACAGUGAAUCAGAGUCGAAUGCGGGCUCGCAAGAAGACACUCGAAUAAAAGCAGCUAUUACCCCAUUGCCAGACUCGACUACAGAAUCGAGACCGAUUCAUAUUCCAACGUCAGGAACUGCUGGUGAGCUGAGCCCGGAAUCAAGGAAAAGAAAGAAGAAAUACCAGCAUUCGACAUCAGAUGAUGACCCAUACCUGUAUGUGCCUGAGAAUUUUCUGAACAACCCACCCUGGGUAGCAGAGCUCGCCCUCCGGUGUGACAGACCAUUUCCAGAAAACAAACCGAGACAGGUUUCUCCCUAUUUCCCCAGUCGCCAGACCAAAGGAUGUGAGAGGUCAACGUCGCUGGCAACUAUGACUGAAAGCGAACCAGACGGCCGGGCUUUCUUGUUUCCUGAGCAUGCUGAAAUCGAAAAGGAAGUGUCCACGGAAAAGUCGGGCAGCUUCAAGGUCGAACCACAUUUCUGGCCACCGCUACCUUGCGUACAGAGUACGCCGUCUCCAGCAUCCGUUCCGUUGCCUCUGUCUACUCGCCCUUCGACAAGAACUCAUUACGGGCUGCAUACCGACGAGUAUGAGUCUAGUCCUUUUGAAGCCGACGGAGAGGAAUCAAACUCUGAUGGCGGACAUGUUGACCAAUGUGGUUUCGACGAUCACACUGCGUCUGACAAGCAUAGCCUGGAUCGGAGCAAUUGUGCUGGCCUAUCGAGCAUUUCGCAACACAUUCCUCGUGAUACAGAGGAAGAAAAGCUAGCAAGAGCGGCUGAGGUCUUACGAAAGUUCGCAUCUCGCAUGGCCAGUGGUUCGAGCUCCACGCAUAAUCCGACCACCGAUAUGGAGUGCAAAUCUGCGCGUGAACGUACAACCAAAAUUCCCCGGUUGAAACGUUUACAAGGUCGAAGUUCAGAGGCGGAAAUAGAGACCUUGGAUCACGGCAAAUUGGUUCGGGGGAGAUCGACUACGGUCGAUAGCGGUUGGUCUGCAGAGAGCGAAAUAUCUCAGGACAGCGGCUCUGGCGCAACCCUGAAGACAGCGACUUCCACAGACCUCUCGGAAGGGAUGGAUGAGGACGAGCGUUGCUACAAGGGCAUUGUUUGA